CAUAAUGCGACUCAGUGACGCACAAUGCCGAAUUAUGCUGAAGCUUAGUUGAGCAUUAUGCCGCAUAAUGCGCUCUUGUGCUGUAAUUGGAAAAAGGCCAGUGAAUCGCGUACUUGUUCCACUUAAUCGAUAAAUACAUUAAAUAUAGUACACUAAUAACUCUCCAGAAUAAGCCUCACAUUUCUUCACAACUGCCUAAGUGAGCAAGAACAACUUCAAUAUGCUUCAGUAAAUCUUACACACUUAUAAAUUUUAAAUUAUCAAUUGGAUACCAAGGUGUUCCAAAGAUAAAUUAAAUAAUUUAUUAUUAAUUUUAUCAAAGAUAACAAGAGUGUACGUAAGCGUUGCUUGCGUAUCCUUAUCAUUUAAGUUGUCAAUUGAGACAGAUACGUUAUUGUAACCUUUAAAUAUUAAAUUACCAAAAUCGAGUUCGGGAAUGACUCGAAAAUAUAAUUGUUUAUUCUUUUAUUUUUUCGUUUUAAACGCUCCGAAGCAUGUUUAUACGGAAGACGUCGAAGUGAAAUUGGGAAAUUGUGUUCUAUUAGGUAAAAUCGAGAAAAGUUUAUUGAAAGAAAAUGAUUUUUUAGCGUUUAGGGGUAUACCGUAUGGGGAAGCUCCUGUCGGCAAAUUACGAUUUAAGCCUCCGGUACCACAUAAAGGAUGGGAAGGCACGUACGAAGCAUACGUCGAAAAGCCAACAUGCCUACAAUUUAGCUCAAGAAUGCGUAAUGGCGAAGAAUUCGGUAUAUCUGGCUCUGAAGAUUGUCUCUUCAUUAACAUUUUCACACCAAGCCUCAAAGGUUCUGCUCCUGUCGUUGUUUUUGAUUACAACGAUAACUUCAGAACCGGUUUCAAUGGCAGCCUCACGUACGCACCAGACUUCUUCGUGGAAGAAGGCGUUGUUGUUGUCACAAUAAGUCACAGAUUGGGAUUACUCGGUUAUUUAACAACCGAAGAUGACGUAAUUCCUGGUAAUAAUGGCUUGAGAGACUUUCUGCUUGGUCUACAGUGGAUUCAGGAUAAUAUCAAAUCGUUUGGAGGAGACGCAAGUAGAGUAAGUGUGAUGGGUAACCGUGGAGGGGCCGCGAUUGCUGAAACACUAUUAUAUUCUAAAAAAGCAAAAGGUUUAUUUUCCGCAGUAAUGAUACAAAGCGGUACCACGUUAGAAGCUAUGUACUUUUAUAGAACACCGAAGGCGAAAGCUUUUGAAUUUGGUAGGGUCCUUAAAAUAGAAACAGAUGACAGCGAAGUUUUGUUAGAAGGCCUUCAGAAGGUCGAGGCUGGUGAACUGUUACGAAACGAAAUCGGAGUACUUGAUAACGACGAAUUUGAAAACGAUCAACACAGUACGUUUCCAUUCGCUCCCACGAUCGAACCUGAAAAUCCUGAAGCUGUAAUUACAAAUCUUCCCGAAAACGGACACAUCGUAAACGACGUGCCGGUUUUGAUCGGCUUCAAUUCGCGUGAGGGAUUAGAUUUGACGUCACAUUUUUUGGCUAUGCCCCAAUUAGUCUCGCACCAAAUCGAAGAAAACAUCGUACAGUUCCCUAUAAGACAGAACUACAGAUUUGUAAACGGCGAUAAAGCGUACAAAGAAGCAGCUAAGGACAUAUUAGAAUUUUACUUCGAAGACAAAUCCGUGCACUACGGCAACGUAAUGGAAUAUACGGUUUACGCUGGUGAUGUAUUACAGAUGUAUGCUUUGCAGAAAGCGGUGACGAAACUGUCAGCUGAAUUGCAAUCGAACCUUUACUUCUACAUGUUCGAUUUCCUAGGUGAAUUCAACGAGAACAGCUACCAUAUAUCGAGAUUUUCGAGAUACAAAACGGAAAAUCACGGUGCAACUAUUGGUGACGAACUAUGCUAUUUGCACUUGUGUAACCGAAUUAGAAAUACUUACAAGCAAAUUCUGAAAUUGCCUAAUGUAUUACAAGACGUAAAAUUACUGAAGAAAAUGGUACGACUCUGGACGAACUUCGCUAAGAGCAGAAACCCAACACCAAGUAAAGACGACACUGUUCUAAAUGGUCUCAUAUGGAAGCCCGUGGAAAAAGAAGCGAAUGUAUUAAAUUAUCUCCACAUCACAAAAAAACCCAGAAUGGAUGUGAACCCGCUCGGUGAUAGAGCAAAAUUUUGGGAUAACUUUUUAGAUAAAUAUUCGAAAAUGGCUGUCGAUGGUAUUGUUAAAGCGAAAGAGACAAAAGACGAAUUAUAAAUUAGAUAAAACA